CCGCAACUACACUUCCCAAAGUGCCUCAGGCCUAGCGCCGCUUUACCAGCCAAUAGACGCGUCGAACGUCAUCCGCCGGCGCCGCCCUAGCGCUGUUCGCUGGUGUGAGGGCGGAGUCGCAGGUGCGUCGCGUCACUGCAUGGCCGCCAGACGGCGCGAUACUAAAGCUGCUACUGUUGCGCCUGACGUCAUCAUGCUCCCGGCCCCUGGGCUGCCGGUACCGGGUACAGUUCUCAAGCUAAGCGUAUCGUCCCUGGACGUGUUCGCCGAGGUGCCAUUCGUGCGGCUGUGGUCCGGCCUUGUAGAGUGCAGGAAGGAAUACGAAGCGUUGGAGAGUGAGGUACAAGCGGCGGCUGUAGGGGGGCCCCUAGGGGCGGGAGACUGGAGCCCGGCGGUAGGCCACUGGUGCCUGGCUGAGAUAGACGGACGCUGGCACCGCUGCCAAUUGCUUCACCGUAAGGGCUUCGAGUACUUUGCCUUCCUGAUAGACGCGGGUUACACGGUGCCUGCCCGGGCCCAUCAGCUGAGGGAAGCCCCCCAGGCCCUGUUUGGCCUUCCCGGGGAGGUGCAGGGCUACCUGCUGUCCAACCUGGUCCCCCAGGAGCAGAGAGCCUGGAGUGGGCAGGCCCUAGAGUACCUCAGCUCCCUGCAAGGCCAACAGGUGGAAGGAGUUGUUGAAGAACUUAUCUUGCCCCAUGGGUUGGUGCUAUUAGAGGUGUCGGCCAUCUCCAAGCGCCUAUUGGACCUGGGCUUAGCCAAGCCUUUCCCAGCCGCUUCAUUCCGUUCUCUCAUUGACACUUACUUUGCCGGCGGCCAUAGCUCAGCCCAGACUAAAACAUUCCCAAGCGUUCAACCGUCUGCCCAAUCAAAUCCCAUGGCGCAAGUCAAUCCCCGCCGGGCUUGGGUUUUGGACUAUUUCUACCCGCAGUUCCAGGUUGGCGUGAUCGAACCCGUGCUGGUCACCGAAGUCUCCAAUCCCCACCGGAUAUUUUGUCAGCUGAGGAGUCUGUCUCAUGAAGUGCAGAGGCUUUCCGACAGUAUGCAUCAUUUUUAUGAAUUACAGAGCGGUUGUGGGGAGCGCAACUAUAUCCAGCCGUUGAUUCCCGGCCAACCCUGUGCUUGCCGCGGCUCUGACGGUCACUGGUAUCGCUCACUCCUGCAAGAGUACUACCCGGAUAAGAAGCUCGCUAUGGUCAUCCAUGUAGACUGGGGUCGCAAGGAUAUUGUUUCCAUGAACUGUUUGCGCACGCUGGCAGCAGAUUACUUCCGUAUGCCUGUUGUGACUUUCCCUUGCUCCCUGUAUGGAGUGUCGGAUGGAGGCGUGGCUUGGGAUCCUGCCAUAAUAAUGGAGCUGCGCAAUAUGUUCCAAGGCAAGCAGUUUAGUGCCAAAAUAGACUUCUAUAAUUCAUAUGAACAUAUGUAUGUGGUCACCCUGUACGGAGACGAUGGAGUCAAUUUAAACUGUGUCUUUGGAACAAGGGCUCAGUCUUUCAGUUUUUCCCAAGCUCAGAAACCCCUAAGCCAGGAUUUAGGCGAAAGCCAAGAAGACGUAAAGAGUCUCCCUCAAACACCUCCAGAAGCUUUUUAUGUUCCCACUGUCCCUGUUGCUGAACUAAAUAUUUCCACUUUCUACGAUGUCCUUGUGGAGUUUGUGGCUGAUCCUUCCAACUUCUGGAUCAGGACUGGAGAAAACGCCACCAAGUACAGUGAGAUGAUGGAACAGAUAGCUGCUUUAUACUCCAAAGCAUCAAAGCUGGAUGGGAUCAUGACCACCCCCAUGGCGGGGCAGCUUUGCUGCACAAAGUUCAAAGAUGACCGAUUUUACCGAGCUGAAAUUGUUGCUAUUAAAGGGAAGAUGGUGGAAGUGUAUUUUAUUGACCAUGGGAACACAGAAUUGGUGGACUGGUAUAAUGUAAAGAAGUUGCCAGCAGAACUUGGAGAAAUGCCAGGCUUGGCCAUUUAUUGUAGCGUUGCAGACACCUAUCCACUUGGAGACAGCUGGAGUCCAGAAGCAAUACUUGCCUUUAAAAUGGCUGUGGUCGAUAAGAGGCUUGUUAUUUAUGUGCUGUCCAAAGAACAUAAUAAAUACAUUAUUGAAGUUUUGGACAAUUCCAGAAUAGAACAGAGAAGUGUGGGUAAAAUACUAUCGGCAGUGGGUCAUGCUAAAUAUGAAGAGGUGGAACCUGUAGCCCAGCAUCCAGGAACCACGAGUGACAUAGAUCGUAAAAUGCAGCAGCAAUUCUCUGGUCACCUUAAUAAAGAUAUAAGUUUACUGAAAGCUCGGCAGAAAGAGGUUGUCUGCUCGGUGCAAGAAAACAAAAGUGAGCCGUACUCUCCAUUUGAAGAUCAAUUCUUUGAACCAGGCACUACAAUAGAAGUGGUAGUGUCAUGUAUUAUAAACCCCAGUUUGUUUUGGUGUCAAAAUGCCUUGCACAGCGCCAAGCUUGAAAAACUAAUGGCCAAAAUACAAGACAUUUGUUUAAAUGCAGGUUGUUCUUAUGAAAGAGGGGCUUGUGCAUGUCUUGCAAAGAGUUCCUGUGACGGCAGAUGGUACAGAGCAUUCAUAGUCAAUGAAAUGCCGGCUGGGAAAGCAAGUUCAGACCACGUAGAAGUCCUUUUUGUGGACUAUGGCAUCAGAGAAACCGUUUCCUUGAAAGAUCUCCGCUGCAUGGAAAGUGAGUUGUUUGGUUUAAAAGCGCAAGCCUUUAAAUGUAGUUUGUACAACAUUAUCGCCCCAGACGGUGAAAACCCUUUUGAGUGGGACGCAAUAACGACUUUGUCUUUUAAUCGGUUUGUUGAUUCUUUCUCCAAAAAAACGACAGAGUUUAAAUGUACAUUUUUUGCAACUGCUUCUUUCAAAAAAGAAUUGUUUAACGUUGUAGAUGUUUUCACUCCUUUCGCCAGCAUUUGCAAACUGUUAGUAGAACAAGGCCACGCUAAACAGUUGUCUCACAGAACACUGGUGCCGUCAGUCCAGCUGCAAACAUAUUAUUACUCCACGCAUGAUAUUAAAAUUGGUGGUGAGGAAGAAGUUUAUAUUACCUAUGUCAACAGUUCCUUGGAGUUUUACUGUCAGCUUUCAAGAAAUACUGAAACGAUGGAUAUGAUAGCAUCCGCUACUACACGUGUGUGCAAUGAAGUGAAAAAAUUUCAAUUGUCUCCUGGGUCUUUGUGUCUUGCAAAAUUCAGCGAUCAGCAGUGGUAUCGUUGCUUUACUAAUUUCAAUAAAAACAGCACAGAUGUAUUUUUUGUAGAUUAUGGGAAUACAGAAAAACUGACCAAAGAAGAAUUGCUCCCUAUACCAAGUGAUGCCUACGAACUGCUCCAUUUCCCAAUGCAAGCAAUUAAAUGCUCUUUAUCUGACAUACCUGACACUAUACCUAGAGAAGUGGUGUUGUGGUUUGAAAACCUUAUACUUGAUAAACCCUUGAAAGCGUUAAUUGUCGCCAAAGAAACUGAUGGUAAAUUAAUUGUAGAAUUGUACGAUGGCAGCCAACAAAUUAAUUCAAGCAUCAAAGCUAAAUUGGGAUUGAAGAAUCCUCGUACAGAAGGCUAUUUUGGGAAUGCUGAAAAAAGACACCAGCUAAAUGAUUUAGACAAAGGUGGAAGACCAGAUUCUGCAUUUAAAUUGUACAACCAGGGAAGCAAAUUCUCCUCAGAUUUAGAUAAUCAUUCCCAAAAUGGUUUCACUCAUCAGAAAUCUGCAUCGUUUGUGGCUAAAGAAAGGGAUCAGUUUGAACAAAAGCCAAAUCUGAGAACAUCUCGGCCCUAUAUCCAGGACAGAGAAGUGUAUUCAGUACGAAAAAAUAUAUCCCAAAGUGGUUAUGCUCCUCACAAAACAGGAGAAUUUAGAUCUAAAGAUAGAGAAGCAUUGGAGCAAAGACCAAAUCUAAAAACCUCUGGGAUGUACAGCCAGGGAAGAGAAGUGUCAAUGUCACAGAAUGGUUCCAACAGUGGUUUUCCACCCAAGAAAACCGGAGGCUUUAGGUCUAAAGAAAGAGAAGUGUCUGAACACAAGCAGAAUCCAGAUGCUUUUAAGGGCUACAACCAGGAAAGUAAAAUGUCUCCGCAGUUACGUAAUGGUUCACAAAUGGAAGCGUCUUGGUCUUCAGAAAGUGAUCGGUCAUCUGAGCACAAGCCAGAAAUUAAUGCAUCGCAGCAGAGAAGGUCCACCUUUCAGGAGUGUAAGUCCAUACCGCCUCUAACAAAACUAAGUGACCUGCCGAAGCAAAAUAUUACUCCAGGUUUUAAAUCAUCUGUGUACAUUUCGCACACAAAUACACUUAGUGAUUUUUAUGUGCAGAUUGCACAAGACACUGAACUAAGUAACAUAUCUGAGAUCUUGAAUAAUGAAAAGAAACCCUCCGACCGACUGGAUGAAAAAGAUGUGAAUUUGGGAGACUUGAUUUGUGCUUUUUUUGAAGAUGAUGGGCUGUAUUAUCGUGCUGUCAUAACAGAAAAACACUCUGAUGGUUUACAAGUGCAGUACAUAGAUUAUGGCAAUACUUUAACCAUACCUGCCAGCCAGAUAUAUAAACUUCCACCGAGUUUAUCCUCUGCUCCAGUAAUGAGUAUUUUUUGUGCUUUAGACAAAUGCACUACAGCAGCGUGUGAGCAGAACAUGGAUGAUUUGAUGGUUAAAUUUUCUGAAAGAACUGGUGAUCUAGAGUUGAGCUGCGAAUUUGUGCAAUGUAACAAUCUCAAGUGGAAUGUGAUUUUGUGUGAUGAUCAAGGCUGCAUAAACGACCUCUUUAUUUCUGCCUCUGAUCCCUUAUUAAAUCCACCUUCACUCGAAGAACCCGAUGUAACUUCUGAACAAUUAAAUGGUGUCAGUCAUUAUGUGUGGAACCUCCCUGCACUUGGUGAGAGGGUAGAGGCUUAUGCGAGUGCCGUUGAUAGCCCUGAACAUUUUUGGUGCCAGCUGGUGACAGCCGAUGUUGACUCUUUAGCAGUUAAAGUUCAGGAAGCUGGAGAACGUUCCGUUCAUGAUGGCAAAUUCAGUACAGAGAUAGAAGUUGGUUCACCUUGUAAUGUGAUUUACAGUGAGGAUAAUCAUUGGUACAGAGCUGCUGUUACUAAGAUUGAAGCCGACCAAGUGACAGUACGAUUCGUCGACUAUGGGAACGAAGAAAUGCUUCACCUGGAACAAGUGCGAAGGCUUCCCGCUGAUCUUGCCACAAUUCCUGCUCAAGCAUUUUCAUGUUCCCUUGCUGGCUUUAAUUUAUCAGAGGGGUGCUGGAAUUCAGAUGCAAAUACCUUUUUCUAUGAGAAUGUCACAGAAGGACUUUUAGUAAUCUCUGUGCUUCAUAUACAAGAACUUGGGCCAUGUAAAAUUCCACAAGCAUCUGUAAACGUAAGUUACAACGGAGAAAAUGUUAACACUAAAAUGAGACAGUUUUGGCAGGACAGUAAUGAAAUUCCUACCCCAUUCCUGGAAUCCUUACAUGCAGAAGAAAUUAUAAAAGAUAAUACCAUACCUUCCCAAGCAGUAGAGGAUGUGGCUGACCAGUCUGAGCAAAGUGAAGAGCCUUGUGCCAGCGAAUUAACAGAGACUCCGACAGUACCCACCAUGUACUCCAACGCAGAUGGAGAAGAAGUGACGGCAAUCGAUGAAACAAAGCUUGAAGCCCUUCCCUUAUCUUCCACUGAUGAAGCUGCAGAGAGCACCGAAAACACAGAUGUUGACUUAAUGAGGACUGAAUGUUUACUGCCUGAAAUCCAGAAGAGCAGUGAUCUGUCCUGUUUAGAGCUGACCCUGGAUGAAGAUGUUCCAGGUUCAGCUGUUACUCCUUUAGCCCCAGAAGAUCUGUGCAUUGAUUAUGAUGAAAGCAACAUCAAGGAGUCCUACUCAGAUAUUACUGCAAUGGAUCAAGGAGAAUUGCACCAUACUGAAGAUAUCGAUCUUUGGACUCCAGCUGCUCAUGAUCAAGAAAUUGCCAGUUCUGAGAUAAUUGACAACGUCCCUAUUGACAAAGAAUGUGACUACAGUGUGCAGGAACCCACAGAAGAAAGCUCUGCUAGCACAGGACUGGAAGAGGGUCCUGCACCAGAGAAAAAUGCAUUCACUGAGAACAAUGAUGGUUUAGAGCCAGAAGCUGCCAAUCUUCAAAGCAAAGGAGAAGAAUAUCUAGUGCCAGAGGAGAGCACAGUUGCUGUAUGUGAGAGUGAGGAUUUUGAGCCAGAAGUUGAUGUUGAUCUGCCGAGAAAGGAAAAUGAAGACUUACCUGCAUAUACAUAUAUUCCAAUACCGGAGGAUGAUGGUGAUGGUUUGGGCAGCCCCAAGGAGGCAACCAGUCAUGAAAUAGGUGACGCAGAAGGCUUGGGAGAGCAGAACCAAGAACUAUUGGAUCAUACAAUCAGUGAAUGCACAAAUGAUGAUUUUGAUGAUCUGCCAAGUAAAGAACAAGAAGGUAUUCCUUUGCAUUCAGAUGCUGAUACUGAUUUUGCUGGGACUGAAGAUGUACCUAGGGAUAUGAAAGGUGACAUAGAGGCAACGGGGAGUCAGAAUAAAGAGGAUGUGACGCUAGGGGAAGACCCAGCUACUGAAACCGAAUACAGGAGUUAUUUCUUAAAGGCAGAAGAUGUUGAUCGGCCAAGCCAGGAACAUAAAGACUUUGCAGGGCAAGAGGAGAACCCAGUUGCUGAAUACAUAAAUGAUAUUUCUGAGCCAGAAUUUGCUGAUCUGCAAAGUGAAGAGCAAGGAGACACAGUCACAUAUACAGACACUCCGUUCCUAGAGGGAGGUGUGGAUGAUUUUGGCAGCACAGAAGCUAAAUCCAGAGAUAAUACUUAUGAACAUGUAACGGAGGAUGUUGAAGACCUGAACACGGAAAAUCAAGAAAGCCAAGUACAUGAUGUUAGCUCUGACAAACUCUUUAAAGAGUCAGGGCCUACUGACCUACAAGAUCAAGUGGAAUUACAGUAUACAGAGCCUGCUGACAGCGUUUGUGAUGUGCAUCAGAGUGAGGAGUGUGAAUUUGCAGCACAUUUUGAUGAGAUCAUAGAAAGCCACAGUCCAGAGCACCCAGUACUCGUGGACAGCACUGUUGAUGCGUGUGAGCGAGAGGUUGCAGAUCUUUGCUAUCUGCCAGAUAAAGUGGAAUCAGAAUGCACAGUAGCAGAGGACAGCACCAAGGACAUGCACCAGAAUAAAGAAUAUCAGUGUGUGUUUGAUCCUGUGGAAAACAUAGAAAGUCAGACUCAAGAAUGCCCGCUGCCAGCAGACACUUUGGAUAAUGAGUACACAUGCACUGGUAAUGAGACAGAAUCUGCUAACAUGGAAAAUAUAGAAUUUCAAGAGACUCCUGCAGGGGCAGACAGCGUGGCAUUACUCAGAGUUGGUACAACGGAGCCAGACGAGGAGAGACUAGAGAGCCUAGAGUAUCAAGACGCGCCACUGCUUGAGAGCCCAGUAUCUGCCGAUGUGAUGGGCAGCACCGAGAGCUUUGAGCCCCAAACUAAUGAAAUGGAACAGGUGGAAGAAGAAGGGCUUAUGGAGAACAUGAUGUUAACCCCCGCUACACCCCAGCUGCCAGAAUAUAGUGGUGCUGAGUCUCUGCCAGAGAAGCAGGAUGGCAGCAAGGAAUCUGACACUGAAGGGGACGUUUCAUUUGAGGAUAUUCUGAAGCGCGACGCCUAGCUGGUUAUGUAGAUGCUGAUCUCAGACACUAACGGAAGUGCUAAUUGGCUGUAGCAUUGUCUGUCUCGGUUUCAUUUCAGGAUACCAAAGCUGUGUACCUGCCCUGCACCUUUCCAGCCAAUGCUUGUGAGCACUUGUUUCUGUUUCUUGCAUAGGUGCCUUAUUAUUUCUGUACAUGGAGGGGUGUUUUCUUUUUCUUUGUGUUUGGAAUAUAAAGAACCUAAAGUUUGUUAUUUCAUUAAA